AAUUUAUUUUUUUAAUUCAAAAUUUCCUGAAACUUACAUUUUAUUUCACAUUUAUCGAAAUAAUAUUUUCAGAGCUGUCAGUAUCAACAAGAUUACCCGCGUAAAGAUUUAAACGAGUACUUCUUCGAAACUGGCGCGCUCUACCGGCAAAAGAUUCUUUUUGUCUCCUAAAAUGCUACCAUUUAUUUAACAUUACGUUCGGACUCCUUAUAUCUAUACUUCGUGGACCCGAGAAACCCGGUUUGCUGAAUGGCCACACUGUUGUUAUCUUCUGGUAUUACUAUACAUUUGUUUGAAGAGUGUACAAAAUCAUGAAUUAUGAAUCUUUAUCUCACAAUUCUGCCUCAAAUAUUUGUAGAACCUGCUUGAAAGAAAGUGAAGAUUUAAAGUCGAUAUUUUCUAUCGACAACGAAAUGUCAAUCUCUCAAAUUUUAAUGUUGUGUGCUAACAUAACAAUUUACGAAAAAGAUGGGUUACCAGAAAAAAUAUGCUCGAGUUGUUCACAAAAAAUGUUCAGUGCAUAUUCAUUUCGACAACUUUGUGAAAAUUCAGAAGCACAUUUAAAGCAAUGUUUAAACAAACUUGAAUCAGUCAGUGUUGUUGAAGAAGUUAAUAAUGACGUGGUAUAUUUUCACCAUACCAGCCAUCCAUCAUCCUCUGAUGAGUCAAAUCAAAAAUUGUACAAAAGUGAUAUUCAUACAAGUUCAAAUGAAGCAAUCUGUGAUAUAACUAAAAAUAGUAGUACUCGGUGUGAUAAAUAUCUGAAAGAGUCUAGAACAGAUUCUAAUUUUACUGUAAAUAAUCUAUCCAAACAGGAAAUAACAAGGAAAAUGAGAAAUUUACCCAAAACUUGUGAUGUAUGCAACAAAACCUUUAGGUUCCACAGUACCUUAGCAAGGCACAAAUUAACUCACACUGAAGAAAACCCAUAUCUAUGUAGUAUCUGUGGAAAAGGUUUUAAACAAGCACACAAUCUAAAAAUCCAUUCAUUCAGUCAUACAGGGGAAAGACCAUAUGAGUGUCGUUGGUGCGAGAAACGUUUUGCAGCACCCGGAACUCUAAUGACACAUACUAGGACUCAUACAGGAGAAAGGCCAUUUACGUGUAAAAUUUGCGGAAAGGAUUUUCCCCAAGCUGGCAGUCUCACUUCCCAUAUUCGUACCCAUACAGGUGAAAAACCAAUGCAAUGCAAAAUAUGUAACAAGAAAUUUAAUCAAAGUGGACGUCUUGUUGUACACAUGAGGAUACAUAGUGGUGAAAAACCAUAUUUAUGUCCCACUUGUGGAAAAAGUUUUGCCAUUAAAGGAACCUUAAAGAAACACAUACGGACACACACAGGGGAAAGACCUUACACCUGUACCAUAUGCAGUCAAGCAUUUGCUCAAAAAGGUACAUUAAAUACACACAUGAAGGUCCACAAGCAACAGGAUCUGACAGCAGACUGAUAUUUUAUUAAAUAAAAGAUUAGUAAUAAAAUAGUAAUUUUAUUAAAAAA